CGGGUAGUAAUCUUGCCUUGUCGACAGGGGCAUUUUUUGAUUCUGCUCACUAUAAAAAAACAUAUUAAAACUCACCACUUGCAUGCAAUCGGAAUGGAUAUUAUGAACUGAGCUAUGCGUAUUACUCCACGCAGGCAUAUUUUUUGAGUAAGAAGUUAUCGUGGAAAAAUACGGACAAUAGUGGGAAUAGAACCCAUGAAAAUGGGCUGAGUUGAGAGUUCAUGCUAACCACUUGACAGAAGACUGCCAAGAAAGCCUAAGAUAUUUCCACAAUUAAGUAACUUUCUAUGACAUGUUCUGUACGUGAUGGACGAGAAAAAGGCCUUUUUUGACUUUCUCAAACGGCCCAUUAACAGAAUACUGUGCGACAGGUGUCAGGGAAUAGUGGCGACCCAUAAAUUAAGAUGAUUGAUCUGUGAUGGUCGGGACAUUAGUGAUGCGUCGUCAUCAGGACCAGGCGUUAAACCCGGUCCACUUCUACCCAACUCAGGAUGGAGGAACUGGAGUUUGGCCGAAAUAUGGCACCUUGACGGAGGGAAGCGCACUCUCCAAGAGCAUGAAGUACGCGGAGAGCUGGUUGUACGGGACGGUGUCGGAGAGGCCGAGGGAGCCCAGGGCGGACGCCGCGUCGCUCUUCGCCACGGUUAGACUGAGUAACAGAUCGCGCCCGAGGCUCCCGGACGACCCAUACGACCUGGUGAGGAGGUCCAGGCUGGGACGGGCCAAGUCGUCCUCUCCCCCGGCCCGCAGGUCCAUCCUCGACUGCCGGCUCAACCCCUACGAGCUUAUGGACCGGCGGGUCACGGUCGCCGGACAGUCGGUCGUCUUCGGGGGCGUCUCGGACGACGGAUGGUCCGACACGGAGACCCUCAUCCCGAGGGCGUCCGCGGCGCCGAGGCGUCCUCCGAGGAAGCGAGAGCCCGAGCCGCCCAAGUCCAUCCUCAAGAAGCCGGAAAGAUCGCCGAGGAGCCUCAAACCCCAGAGGUCGUCCUUCCGCGAAUACAAGACCAAGAAGAAGAAGCAGGUCCAAUUCAGGGACCCAGAGAAGAAGGACGUGAAAGAAGACUGGCAGGCAGACACACAGCAGCAGACCGGACCGCCUCAGACCAAAACUGAACAAGUUACCUACCAAGACAACUCGGACUCUGAUUCUUCAAACGAGAACCUGAGCCCGCAGUUGCAGACGAGCCUGAUCGAACGCCUCGGCCUCGGCGACGGGGAAAUUAACCUGAAAGACACGAUGCGGCUGCGACAAAGAGCUCCCAGGAAGCCGCUGAAGAAGGUGAUGGAGGGGCCGAAGAGGUCGCAGAGCCCAGGACGUCCGAGAGAACCGCCUCCACCUCCUCCGCCUCCUCCUCCACCGCCGCCUCCGCCUCCUCCACCCCGGCACAUAUUCCCGUUCACCAAAGAGCAGAUAGAAAAGCUGAACCACAACCGUCCCCCGGGUUUCAUACCGACCAAAAUACUUACACUCGAGGAUCCACUCUAUGAAAACGAAGAACCGGAGGUCGAAGAGCCGGCAGUCAAAGAAGUGGACGAAAAAGUGGAAAACAAGGCCAGCGAAAUAUUACCAGUCAUGGAACUAGAUUUAACCAAAGAUGUCGGGGAUACAAAGGUGAAACUAACGAUACCAGCUGAAGACGACUACAAGGAAAACAAGACCGUCGUCUCUGUCGAUCCUCCCAACGAUUACACCAACAUUUCAGUCACGACGGUGAACAUAUGCGAGCCGAUAAUAUCGUCCGGCAACAAGGUGACGAUCAACAUCAACGGCUGCGAGCCGGAGUACGUCAGCCAGGUGAUAGUCGUCUCUGGAGCCGAAGAGACGAAGAAGAAGGCGGAGAAAGAGAUGGAGGAGUUGGUCAGGAGCAACGUCGACCCGGUCGAAGCGGCCAGGAACAACCUCAUCCCCCACAUCUGCGGAAAAGACGGGAAUGAAACGUCCGACGAGUCCUCGGACUCCUACAAGUCCGCCCUGGACUCCUUCCCGCCGUCCGAAGGCUCAGGUGGCUACGCCGAGAAGGACAAGAUGGUGGACGAGGUGGAAGUGCGACUGGGAGUAGACUUCGGGACGGAUUCGGACGAGUCCCACUACGAAACUAUUAAGGACCCGAUUUACGAGGAGAUCUCUGACGAGCCGCCUCCACUCCCGACUUCGCCGCCGCCGCCCCUCUCCGACCGCAUCCCGGACAUUCUCAUACCGGCCAGGUCGAUAUUCGAGGGGGCGACCAAAUACGACAUACUCAGCUACCUGGUCGGGGCGAAGAGACGGGGGAUCGUGGAGGAGUGCGACAGUCCGGGACAUUCGCGGAUAAGCUCCCUCGAUUUGAGCUCGGGGAUGAGCCAUCUCAGCGCGACGAGCGAUUCGAGCGAGGACUCGUGCCUCGUCGUCCUACCCCCGGUGGACGUCUCGCCGAUUGACGACAAGAUCCGGAGGAGCUCGGCCGAAGUGGAGAGGAACGACUCCGGGGUCGGAUCAGAGACCAGCAGGAGCAGGUGGCAGCAUCUCAGCGGGCUUAGGGAAGACGCCCAGCACACCUGCGAAGACUGCGAUCAACUGGUGGAAACGCAAGUUACCGAAAGCGGGGUGAUGUUCGCACCUCUGGUCUGUCGAAAGUGCUCCAAGAGGAGGUCGGAGAGAAGAGAGAUAAUAACCGAGAUCGUCGAAACUGAAGAGAAGUACGGUCGAGACCUGAGGAUAAUCCUGGAAGAGUUCUACAGGCCGAUGCAGGUGGCCGGACUCCUGUCUCAGGACCAGCUCUCGGCCGUGUUCCUCAACACCCAGGAGCUGCUCGACCACUGUUCCGUCCUCGCCGAGAAACUCCGCGACGCCCUGGAAAUCGCCGUCGAACAAGGCGACGAAGACCUUCUUACCGUGAACGUCGGCGCGCUUUUCCUCGAGGCUUCUCCCAUGCUCCACGCCUUCGAAAGCUACUGCACUCGUCAGGGUACCGCUUCGAUGCUCCUUACGAAUCUUGAAAAAGAAAAGGAGCUCCUGAGGAUAUUCCUGAGAGUGUCGCAAAUGGAAAAUAGCGUCUUGAGACGGAUGAACCUCAACUCCUUUCUCAUGGUGCCUGUUCAGAGGAUUACAAAGUAUCCUCUUCUGCUCUCAAGGCUAUACAAAGUGACUCCAGCCCAUAUAGUAGGAAAGGAAGCGAUCAAAGAAGCCCAGCACAACAUCGAACUUCACCUGGAACACAUCAACUAUCUCGCCAAGGAUAUCAGUUCAAACAAGCUGUGGAGGAGGAUAUCCGUCACCAACGGCCGGAGGUACAGCUCGGAGAUGGACAUGGUCAACAUUAAACUGAGAAAGAUCGCUGUUGACGUUUUGGAGUGGAAUCACGACGAGGUGAGAUUCGCUAUGGAAGGAAAACUGCUUUUCACACAGCCGACGGAAGGGAACUGGAGGAAAAGAGCGACGAUCAAACUUUCUCCUGUGAACGCGGUCCUCGUCACUCUGGGAAAACCGAACGACGAGUACCAGCCGGACAGUGAGAAAGCUCUGGUGUUCCCGAGGCAGAACGGGAUCAGGGAAGCUACUCUGAUCAUACUCAAAGAAAAAGCCGGGCGAUACACCCUGCUCAGGGAGCCGCUGUUUCUCGACAAAUGUAUCAUAUGCACUGAAGUAGACAUGGAGGACUUUUUCGAAGUACAGGAACUGCCGACGAAAGACACAUAUUUAUUUAAAGCCGAGGAUGGCGAGUCGACCAGGCGGUGGUACAGGCAGAUGCAGUACCACGCCCAGGGUCUUGGAUCGUGGAGGAAAAGGAGGAAAGCCCUCGCUAACAUAAUGAUCAACGGUAUGCAAGUCAGGACUUGACCCUCGACGAAGACGAAAAACUCUGCUGUGAUAAUAUUGAACAAAAUAUAUAAAAAGGAGACAAAACACGUUGUAAAUGGGAAAGUUCUGUACCUUGUAACAACGAAAUUAAUAUUUUUUACAAAAGAAAUAAUAUAAACUUCGAUAUAUAUAUUGUAAAUAA